AUGUCCGAUAAAGAAUAUUUGGAGAGCACAGAACGAGAAGGCGUUUGCCCAAAUUAUUUAUGGUACUUGAUUAGUAGUUUCGGUAUAACAGUGUUCAUCAUUAUAUGUCUAUUAGCUUAUUUGAUUAUGUAUUCCGAUCAUUUCAUGUGGGCAUUACGACCAAAGCCGAAGAUAAAGAAAAGUAAAAGUAAAAGUAAAAGUAAGAGUAAAAGCAAAAGAAGGAAACGUUCAAGCUUUCAAGGUGAUUCAACAAUAAUGAGAGGAACCAAAACGGCUGAUGAAAGCCAAGCAAGCACACGUAAAACUGAGAAUCUGACAACAACAUAA